AUGCGCUUUUUCCUGCUGCGGUUAAAUGGGGACAGCUACAUCAGACAGACCCAGAAACACGUGGACAUUAAUGAGCGCCUGUUGCCAAAAAGGAAGCGUGCGAUGGGACUGCCGUGGGCCGCCUUGGCAUGUCUUUUGUUAUUUUACCAGGGUCGCCAUGUUAAGACUGGGCAGCUAGCAGCAAUCAAAGUGAUGAAUGUUACUGAGAAUGAAGAGGAGGAAAUCAAGCUGGAGAUAAAUAUGCUAAAAAAGUACUCCCAUCACCGGAAUAUUGCUACAUAUUAUGGCGCAUUUGUAAAGAAAAGUCCUGCAGGCCAAGACGACCAGCUCUGGUUGGUGAUGGAGUACUGUGGUGCGGGCUCUGUCACUGACCUGGUAAAGAAGACAAAAGGGAACUGUUUCAAGGAAGAUUGGAUUGCAUACAUCUGCAGAGAGGUUCUCAGGGGCUUGGCACAUCUUCAUGCUCACCAUGUCAUCCAUCGAGAUAUUAAAGGACAGAAUGUUCUUCUCACAGAAAAUGCAGAAGUAAAACUGGUGGAUUUUGGUGUAAGUGCUCAACUGGAUAGGACUAUUGGGAGAAGAAACACUUUUAUUGGCACACCGUAUUGGAUGGCGCCUGAGGUCAUUGCUUGCGAGGAGAACCCAGACUCUACCUAUGAUUACAGAAGUGACCUAUGGUCUCUGGGAAUCACUGCUAUUGAAAUGGCCGAAGGAGCUCCUCCCCUGUGUGACAUGCACCCCAUGAGAGCGCUCUUCCUCAUCCCACGGAACCCGCCCCCAAAGUUGAAAUCCAGAAAAUGGUCGAAGAAAUUCCUAAACUUCGUUGAAAGCUGCCUGGUAAAAAAUUAUUUGCAUCGACCAUCCACUGAAACGUUGCUUAAGCAUUCUUUCAUCCGAGACAUGCAGAAUGAACGGCAAGUGCGCAUCAUGCUGAAAGACCACCUGGACAGGACCAGGAAGAAAAAAGGAGAAAAGGAAGAAACGGACUAUGAUUACAGUGGAAGUGAGGAGGAAGAUGAUGAUCUGAAUGAAGAUGAAGGAGAACCAAGCUCCAUAGUUAAUCUCCCGGGAGAGUCAACUCUGCGCCGUGAAUUUCUGAGGCUGCAGCAGGAGAACAAAAACCGUUCUGACCCUCAUCGCCAGCAGCAACAACUGAAGGACCAGGAGAAAUACAAGAAGCAGCUGCUGACAGAGCGGCAGAAAAGGAUCGAGCAGCAGAAGGAGCAGAGGAGGAGGCUGGAGGAUCAUCAGAGGCGAGAGCAGGAGCUACGAAGGCAGCAGGAGAGUGAGCAGAGGUGGCCAGAGGCUAAGGCCCUUCAGAGGAAAGAGGAGAGGUGUAAAGACGACAAAAGGGCUGUGGAAGAUGAACGGUUCAUAGUAGAUGGACAGAGGAAAUCAGAAAAGAAGCAGAAGGUGGAAGAUGUGCAGCACAACAGGAAGGUGCAUCGAACUCUCCCCAAAGAUCAGACACAGCUGCUGUCUCUCCAGCAUGACCACAAGCAGAAGAAGAAGGAGCCUCCCAAGAGUUCCAAUUCAGCAGUGCAUCCUCCAUCAAGCAGCACAAGCAAAGAGGCUGAGGACCGAAAAAAGAAAAGUGACAGCAUCCAGCCUUCCCUCCAGUGGCCAGCGGUGCUGGGGCACGAAGCCACGCCACACGCCAGGAUGGGAUCUGGCAGCAGUUCCAGCCCUUGCACCCCCGCACCACAGAGAGCCAUGUUAGUACAGUGUGAAAAUUUCCGGGCUAGUAAGGAUGUGUACCACAGCAGUUCACUGUCAGAUAUGGUGACGACACCACUCAGCCCUGUGCAAGAUGACGUAUUCUGGAGCGUGAGUCAAAACGAAGAACAACCCCCAAAGGUUCCAGAAAGGACAACCUCUAAAUUUUACAGCAGGGAUCAGCCUGGCCAUCAGAGAUGCCUUUCAAGUAACACUCACCAGUCAUCCCCCGGGGGACAAGCUCUCAAGCUAAGCAGCAGCAGCAGCACUCCUGGCAAUAAGCAGUGGGAGAUGGGAUCUCAUCAGAGCAACCGGUCAACUUCAGGGAAUCCAGGACUGGCCAAGGCAGAGAACGCUUUGUCCCAGAACCACUUGCAGCUGCAUAAGAAGUCUGAAAAAGCUGCUCAUCCAGGCCAGAUUGCAAGUCCAGGCUCCUUUGCCAAGGGGAAGGACAGCGCCAACUCAUUCUUAAAAGCAGCAGACUAUUCCUCAUCAAGUGACGAAGCCAGCAGCAGCGAUGAAGAUGACAUGAACCACACAAGGCAACUGCUCAGCAGCAGAGUGGCAGAUUUCUCAAGGACGAGAGUACCAGAUGGAAUUGAACUGAAACCCCAAAGCACCGUUGCAGAACAGAAGGAUCAGAUUUUAGGGAAACAAAUUUCUAGCACCCAGGAAGGCCUCUGGAGCGUAAACAACCAGAACUAUCUCCUGCCAGAUCUCCUCCAGCAAAGCCAAAUUUCAGAUUCCUCUGUGAACCCACCAAAAGUGCCACUGACUAGCCAGGAACCUCAGAACAAACCUCUGAAUAAGACCCCGUGCACUGAAAGCACACCUUCAAAGAGCAGUACGUCGUCUACAACAUCGUUUACUUCAUUCAUAGAUCCUAGACUUCUGCCAAUCACCCCUCCCACCAGUCCAGUAGGACCUUCCUGUAGUUCGCCAUCUAGUGCAAAACCUGAGCCUGUCAGGAGAGAAAAUGCAAGGAAGGGCUCCGUUGUCAACGUCAACCCAACGAAUAUCCGCCCGCAGAGUGACAGCCCAGAAAUUCGUAAAUACAAGAAGAAAUUCAACUCCGAGGUCCUUUGUGCUGCUUUGUGGGGAGUAAAUUUACUGGUGGGAACAGAGAAUGGAUUGUGGCUGCUGGACAGAAGUGGGCAAGGAAGAGUUUAUUCGCUGAUUACAAGGAGGCGAUUCCAGCAAAUGGAUGUUCUGGAAGGACUCAAUGUGCUAAUUACUAUAUCAGGGAAGAAGAAUAAGUUGAGGGUAUAUUACUUAUCAUGGCUGAGAAAUAAAAUUUUGCGCAAUGAUCCUGAGGUGGAGAAGCGGCAAGGCUGGGUGUCUGUGGGUGACCUGGAAGGCUGCGUGCACUACAAAGUCG